GGAGCGGCUACCGCCCCGCACCGCCCCCUCGGUCCCAGCCUGCACCGCCCCCGCGCUGGGCGGGCUCCGCGCGCUUAUUCGGCUGGGGGCAGCGCCGCUGCGGGCCAUCCGCCGGCCGCCGCUGCGGGAUGCUGCGCUCCACGUCCACCGUCACCCUGCUCUCGGGCAGCGGCGCCGGGGCGCCCAGCAGGAGGGCGAAUGUGUGCAGACUGCGGCUGACCGUCCCCCCCGAGAGUCCGGCCUCAGAGGCAGGUGAAAAGAAGACUGAAAGAAAAGAACAACAGCCUGACCUAAGCAAUGGGGAGCCCACCAGGAAACUUCCUCAGGGUGUUGUCUACGGUGUGGUGCGGAGAUCGGAUCCAAAUGAGCAGAAGGAAAUGGUGGUGUACGGGUGGUCCACCAACCAGCUGAAAGAAGAGAUGAACUACAUCAGAGACGUGAGAGCCACUUUGGAAAAAGUAAGGAAGCGAAUGUAUGGAGACUAUGAUGAAAUGAGACAGAAGAUUCGACAGCUCACCCAGGAAUUGUCAGCUUCCCAGGCUCAGCAGGAGUAUCUCAAGAAUCACAUCCAGACACAGUCGUCAGCCCUGGACAGUUUUAAUGCCACGAACUCGGCCUUAACGUCGGACUCCAUCGGCUUACAGAAAACCCUGGUGGAUGUUACUUUGGAAAAUAGCCACAUUAAGGAUCAAAUGAGAGACCUGCGGCAGACCUAUGAAGCCUCCAUGGGCCAGCUGCGGGAAAAGCAGAGGCAGUUGGAGGUGGCGCAGGUCGAAAACCAGCUGCUGAAAAUGAAGGUGGAAUCCUCCCAGCAAGCCAACGCGGAGGUGAUGAGAGAGAUGACCAAGAAGCUGUACAGCCAGUACGAGGAGAAGCUGCAGGAGGAACAGCGGAAGCACAGCGCCGAGAAGGAGGCUCUCCUGGAAGAAACCAAGAGUUUUCUGAAAGCAAUUGAGGAAGCCAAUGAAAAGAUGGAAGCGGCGGAGAUCAGCCUGGAGGAGAAGGACCGGAGGAUCGGAGAGCUGGACAGGCUGAUUGAGCGCAUGGAAAAGGAACGUCAUCAGCUGCAACUCCAGCUCCUGGAGCAUGAAACAGAAAUGUCAGUGGAAAUAAUGGACUCUGACAAGGAAAGGUAUCAGCAGCUGGAGGAGGCGUCGGCCAGCCUCCGGGAGCGGAUCCGGCACCUGGACGACAUGGUGCAUUGUCAGCAGAAGAAGGUCAAGCAGAUGGUUGAGGAGAUCAUGUCACACGAGCUCUUCUCCAGAUUUAGUCUCCGGUUCUUUGGAAGAUGAUAAAAUGGUAGCCUGGGUUGGACGCAAUUCCUUUUACUGUUCGAGAUUAGAAGAACACUUGUCCUCUGCUGGGAAGAGGUGGCAUGUCUCUCUGUGAGAAGCUGAUGAACGAAACGGAAGGACAUGCUGUGGAAAGGAAACUCUGACCACGUAGGGCUUUCAUUUGUGAAAACACCACACACCCUCAUCGCCACUUGUCCAACCUCACGCUGCAGACUCCCGAGAACUCAAGGGAUAUUUUUAGAAGCUUGGGUUCCUAGAUCUCAAACAAAGAGCUGCUGUGAAAAAUAAUACUAAAAAAUAAUUCAGGAACUGCCAGGUGGAGGCUGGUGCUAAGAUCUUGGAAAAGGAAGCCUCCCUUCUGGAAAGCUGCUGAGGACACCUGCUAAGGAGGGGACACAGGCUUGAAGAACUCGAGUGCUCCGGGAAGGAAGUGUUCCCCACCAGAUCACCCCCAUGUAACGCGGAAGCUGCCAAGUGUCCGUGUGGUUUGGUUAUAUUUGCAUGUGGGAAGUGGCCCUCAGGUGUCCUUUUGGAAUGGAGAUCCAAAGCGCUAGUCAAUGUAGCAUUCUCUUUGUUGAGGCCGGGUUUGGUUUGCUUUGUAUCUCCAUGGGCGUUCUGCCCAUAUAGACUGUUCAGCUAACUUUGUGGAAAGGAGAGGUCUGUCUGAAGGAAAGAGAAAUGUAUUUGGUCGAAAUAUAUUGAAGCGAAAUAUACUCCAUGCCUACUUCAUUUUUAUAGAGAUCUUCUUAAGGCAAGCCAUGGGGCCUGGUCAGUCAUGAAAACUUUGCAGUGUUACUAAAGACUGGUAGAGGUAGCAGCGGCAGCUGUGGUGGUGGUAGUGCGUGGGUUAGCCUGAUGAGCUGGCAGCCUGGGCUGAGGGAGUGGCUUCAUUAGGGGACAGGAUGUCACUUAGGCGCUGGAUGGGUCUCCGUCCCCACUUCCCAUGGCAGAGUGGACAGGUAAAUGGUUUCUGUCAGUAUUUAUCUUUGGUCUCUCAUUCAGGUGCUUCUGCCCCAUGAUAGCAAGUAGGCAGUGGAUGGCAAAGGAAGCCUGGGAUUCUUAAGGCUACAGUUUUGUCCCUUGGCCCCUCACAUCCCCGCCCGAAGGAGGAGUUACUCAGAUGUUUGAAGCAGAAUUUACUUAGAGUAAAUAAAAACAUGACAGUUUAAAAUUUUUGUAUUUGACGUAUUAGUCACUUCUUUAUUUUAAAAUCUUAGACACCUUAUCUAAAAUGUGAUGUUUUAAGAAGGUAUCAGAAAACUCGCCGUGUGUGUGAAGCUUUUCUUUCCCUAUCUGUUAUGGAAAUAUUGCAGGUUUCUUUUAUGACACCUGCUGAUUAAUAUAUUCAGGAUAUAAACCAUCCUUUUAAGGGAGGAAGUCUUUUCUUUGUAAAUGUCACUGACUUCACCUUCUGUUUCUUGAGAUUGUUUGCGAUUGGCUGUGAAAUAUUUCUUGGAGACCUGGGUGCCUAUGUUCUACCCGUAGAGUUUGUGAGGUUGCACUCAUGUUCAAGUCACUGUCAGCUACUGAAAGUUUCUCAUGCCUCUUGGCCAUGUGUCUAGCCCUAACAUUCCCACAUUCAUCCUCGUAUGGGGCAUAUGAAUAGCAUAGUUUUUUGGGGUGGGGGGUGGGGGGACACAGAAAACUGAAACUUAGACUCUUGAAUAAUAAGUAGCUGGCAGUCUCUCAGCAAAUGAUGAUGGUGUUGGGGCCACAACAAGAUCUUUGGCUCCAAAGGCAGUGUUCCCUCUUUGCUUCUCAUUUUUGUGUAUUUUUUUAAUUUGAAAAAAAAAAUUGCAAUAUGGAAAAUGAUAGAGAA